AAUUAAAGCUUCAUUUUUACACAGAUUUUUCAUUCUUGAAUGUCAACAAAGUCUAAAUCAUGUCAUGUUCAAAGCAAUUUAAACACUGCAAAACUCUGUUAUUUAAUUUUAAUGCACGGAAAACAACAUGCAAAGUCCAUCAGUUGCAAUGUGCAAGGGUAUUAUGUAGGUACAAUUCGCAUGAUUCGAAAAGCUCCAGUUUUAGUGAAAAACUUGAUCAAGGACCCACUUUUCAGCACUUUGUUGCAAAUGCAAAUAAAGGAAAUGAUAAAUACCUUCAGGGGGAUGCAGAAUCUGUGCCAUAUUUAGAAGAGGACGUUUAUUCUGGUCAUGGUAGAAAAGUAUACUUUGAUACAUAUGGAUGCCAGAUGAAUUUCAAUGAUACAGAAAUAGCCUGGAGUAUUCUGAAAGAUAAGGGAUAUUCCAAAGCUGAAUCUGUAAAUGAGGCUGAUGUAGUGUUGCUGAUGACAUGUUCCAUAAGAGAAAAUGCUGAACAGAAGAUUUGGAAUAUGGUAGAGAGAUACAAGGGAUUCAAGAGAAAAGCCGGGAAGAAAAACCCACUGCGCAUUGGGAUUCUAGGUUGCAUGGCUGAGAGACUAAAACAAAAGAUCUUGGACAAGGAGAAAAUGGUGGACCUGGUUUGUGGUCCUGAUGCCUACAGAGAUCUGCCUCGCUUGUUAGCAAUGACCCCAGAGUCCAGACAGUCCGCUGUAAAUGUCAUGCUGUCACUAGAAGAGACAUAUGCUGAUGUAAUGCCUGUUAGAAUAAAUGAAGAUUCCAAAACUGCUUUUGU